AACGAAGUGAUGAUCUCACUAUACAUGUACUUCAUGCCGACCAAUUUUCUAGGCACAGCAGGCCACAAAUGCAAGUAACGCAAUCUCCACUGAUUUCCCAGUCCCGUAGCUGCGCAAAUAUGGUCUACAACAUAUAUUAUUCCCGCUCUUCGUCUGAUUCCCUACUCUUCUCACCUCAUCUCACUAGAUGCUGUGAUCGAAAUGGCUUUUCCACAUAGGAAACGACGAGGUGCAUGCUUGUCCUGUAAGAAACGCAAAACCAAAGUACUUUACAUCCUUCGCGUCUUGAAACAGAACCUUAACAACUUUCAUAUAGUGCGAUGGCGGAAAGCCUUGUCAGAGUUGUCAGAGAAGACAAGUCGAGAUCAAGUGCAUUUACGAACAACCCCAAAUUACUGUAGCUACCAAAUUUCAAGAUACACCUUUUCGGUCGAUAUCCUGGAUAGCGAAUCUCCGUUCGAAAUUUCAAAAGGCACAAAAUUUCCUUAACAUUGCGCACUUCGAAAGGGCUUGGAUUGUUCUUGGGUCUGCUAUUCGUGAGGCUGUGACUCUAGAGAGAGAUCUCCAAAUGUCGAACUGCUUUCGAGAAGUUUGGUGGUCACUAGCCAGCCUCGAUGCUAGAUUAUGUUUGUUGAUUGAUCGUCUACCGUGUUUACCACCGAGUUCGAAGCUGGCAACCCCGGCGCUACAUCAGCCGCAGUCUCGCGAAGGCGAGUUCAGAAAAAUUCAGUUUGACGUCUCCGCUACGCUACUCGAGGCAUGUCACGCUUCGCCAUCCGUCGACGGACUCGAUGAGUACAUAAGAAAUUUAGAGCGAGAUCUGGCAGCCUUGCUUCAAAUUCAAAAGAGUGUGGUUCGAGGUUCUGAGCUAUCAAAUGACACUGAAGACUUGACAUUCGAGGUGCUGUUAUUCUCCAUGAUCUUAUACUUGAAGGUCUGGGACGGAGAAGGAACAGCGAGCAAAGCUGUUUCACUAGCGACAGUGAUCAUGGAGAAGUGGCACGAUCUUAGGCGCAGUCCUCAGGACUGGCCUCACAGAACCGCAGCAGACCUGGCAUCGAAGACUCUGGAGAAGGGCCAGAUAUUGAUUCCCACAACUACGACUCCUGCCGAAUCAGUCAAUGACAACAAGGUUCUUGACUCAAAUCUGAAGUCCUGUGUCCACGACUUCAGCCCGUACACCAUCUCUAACAACGAUGGCUAUUUCCCAGACGAAGUCUCCGAUAUUCAACCUCUUCAAAUCCAUUCGGAAGAUGAAGGACACAUUGGCUGGUAUUCGAAAAGUGAUUCAGAGCCGGGCCAUCACUCCACCUUGGACCAAGCAGCCCACAAUCCGUUAUAUCUUGAUACCGCAUCGUUUGAUCCUCCCACGAUAGCACUUAAUCUCGGACCAAAAAUGGUCUCUGAAAGACAGUGUGCAUUACCGACUUCGACUUUUGCAUACAAACGACCAGUCGUGCCUUUACCGGUCACACUGCAGAACGAUUUGAACGAUGGCCAGUUUUUAGAUACAUCUGUUUGCAUGCAGUCCAACAGCAUGAGUCAAUAUAGAUGGAUUGGCGAUGAUACGAAGUGUCAAGGAGAAGCUCCACCCUUUUUGGCGUGACGAAAUCUCCAAGGGAUGUUUACUAUCGACUAUACUGUACUACAAUCAUGAAUCAGUGGAUAGUAACCCUGCGAGAGCUUUUUCACUUUGUAUUCAGGGCAGGAAGCAAGCCGUAGCCACGAGCCUCUGGUAUUCUCGUGCUCAAUAUUUGUAUCGACGCUGGAGCUGAGGAGCCCAGUGCCUCCCGCUUGGGGUUUGUAUCCAGUCGAUACUUUCACAUCCUUGGCUUUUUACCCUUCUGCCUCACCUCAGCUUGACGAAAGAUCGUCAUCUUAGUCUUUCUUUGAGUCUCCCUCGUCGUGUUUGUAGUCAUGGAAUCUUUUCUUCGAAAG